AUGUUUUUGCAUACAUUUGAUUUAGGUAAAACGGCUGUAUGGAACUGGAAACAUAGUGCAAAAGAAAAGUUGAAAACAAUAAGGGAAAACAAUAAAUCGGCUACGAACAGCACAUCUACAAAAAAAGUCAGAAAAAACCCUUUCCAGAAAGAGAAUGAUUCAUUAAAAGAGUUUAUUGAAAGGUUACCCAAAAUGGAGUUCCAUUAUUGCAGAAACGAAACGUCAAAAUACUAUCUCUUACCGGAAUGGACCUCCAAAAUGUCACUAUAUGAUUAUUACGUUUCAGACUGGUGUUCUUCAAAUUACGUAGCAUCUUUGUCGGUGGCAAAAUUUAAUAAUACUUUAGAUACAGAAAAUGUAUCAUUAUUCCAACCCAAAAAAGAUGCUUGUGAAACAUGUAUAUCGUAUAAACUGGGUUUUAUAUCUGAUGAUAUGAUAUCUGAAAAAGACAAUGAUAAAAAUAGUAAGGAAUAUGUAUUUGCUGUUGACGUCCGAGCUCUCUUGUCAGCUCCUAAAUCUAACGUAUCUUCAUUAUAUCACAAAUCGAAACUAAAUAUUCAUAAUUGUUGUGCCUUUAAUUUAAAAACUAAAUAA